AUGAUAUGGCAAGUACUUAUUAUUUUGGUGGCAUUAUUAACUGUGGUAUAUAUAUUGAAGAAAGUCCUACGUCCCAAAAUUAUGCAGUGUUAUUCGCUUGAUGUUGACGUCUCUUCCAGUGGACAUCACUUUGUCAGCAUUUGUGACGACAAUAUGAGCUAUUAUUGCAAUUACUGUGAGAAUGGAAUGCGAACAGGCAUGCAAUGUGAUUACUGCGGAGUUAUGGUUGAUUGUUUAGCUUGCCUUCGAAUGCUUUCAAACGAUCUUAAUUGUAAAGUAAUUCCUAAAUCGACAGGUGGAGAAAUUAUGCAUCAUUGGGUCCAUGGAAAUUUGCCGUCCAGUAGUAUUUGCGAUGUUUGUAAAGAAGAAUGUGGUGAUGGUGUAGGACUGGUGGAUUCUCGAUGCGCUUUUUGUCAAUUUACUGUGCAUGCACAAUGUAAGCAGUUAAUGAAUGAAUUGUGCAAUAUGGGUGUCAAUUGGGAUUUCAUUGUUCCACCAACUUGUGUUACAGUGCGUAAAGUUGGAAGUCGUCGCAAUAAACAUCCAGUUGUUGAUUCAAUUCGUCGGCCGGAAAAUACUGAUUGCUCAUCAUGGAAGCCACUUUUUGUUAUUGUUAAUCCAAUUAGUGGUGGAGCAGAAGGAUUUGCUACGUUACGAGCUUUUCGAAUGCUUCUUCAUCCAGUUCAGGUUAUAAAUAUUCAGCAAAUUACAGUUGGAACAGCACUUCGUUGGGUCAAUUUGUACCCUGAUGUCGAUUGUCGCAUCAUUGUUGCUGGUGGUGAUGGCACCAUUUCUUUAGCUUUGGAUGCCAUUAGCGAGUUACAUCGAAAACUACCCGUAGCUAUUUUGCCACUGGGAACUGGUAAUGAUCUGAGCCGCACUCUAGGAUGGGGCUCUAGUCGUGAAGGACCUGUUAAUUUUUUUGAGUUUUGCCGUGAUUUGAGAAGUGCCAAGAUGGUGAACUUAGAUAGAUGGACCAUUGAUGUUAUUCACAAAAGACGCUUUGGUGUCCGAGCCAAAAACAAACAGUUUAGUAUGGUGAAUUAUAUCUCUGUCGGUGUGGAUGCUUGUGUUACUUAUGGCAUGCAGUCAACUCGGGAUUAUAUUCGUAAAAUGGUGUCGUCUCGGUUCCUGAACAAAGUUCUGUUUUUUACUUUUGGAACAAAGGAUGUAUUGGAGCAUGCAUGUGCCAAUCUAAAUCAGAAAAUUGAAUUAACCGUUGAUGGUGAAAUCAUUCCUCUACCAUCAAUAGAAGGCUUAACCGUUCUAAAUAUUCCGUUUUGGGGUGCAGGAGUACGACCUUGCAUCGACUUAUUUUCUCAGCAAGCUAUAGAUGAUGGGAAGUUUGAAGUUUUUGGGAUACGGUCUUCAUUUCACAUUGCACAAAUGCAAAUUGGUGUUUCUCAAGGCAUUCCUCUUGCUCAAGGACAUACUCUAAAGCUAAGAAUUUUCGAUGCAACAUUACCAAUGCAAUGUGAUGGUGAAGCUUGGCUGCAAUUACCUGGUAUAAUGCGUAUUACACAUAAAGAUCAGGCUCUAAUGUUAAUGCACAUAAAUAAGCAAACUGAGCAAGACCAUCAUUCAGGAAUUUUAUGA